AAGUCUAAAGACGUAUUUACUAUUUUCUCAAAUAUUUUGGUUGAUUAUUUCCUAAUUCUCAUAUCUAUUAAGGUCUAAGGUUAUAUUUUAACCAAAAUAUGUGUUCGUUAUUUUAUGUUUUAUGUUUUAAAAUUUGUUUUUCUCGAUAAGUAAUACUCAGUACUCUGCGAAUUUAUUAUGAAAUUGUUCAACCCUAAAUUAUGAAUAAUUGCUGUUGAUAGUUGAUACACAAACGAAUAUAAUGAAAUAGGAAGUGCGACCUUCGAUGGUGUACGGCCUUGACCAAAAUAGCAUUGUUUUAUGCUAUUUGUAUUUAGAAUUUCAUACAUUUUACUGUUUUGGAUUACGUUAUAACUUAUCACACAAUGGUCUCCCUAAGUAAGUUUUCCAAAACUUUAAAACAUCCUCUUUUUAGAGGUAUGGCAUCUUAUGGGAUUAUCUGGCCAAUAUCUAGUUUUAUUCAGCAAACAUUUGAAGGAAAAAAUUUUAAGGACAACACAUAUGACUGGUGGAGAUGUGCACGUUUUGGAUUGUACGGGUCGUGCUAUGUGGCACCAACUUUGUAUAGUUGGCUAACUGUUGCAAAUGUUAUGUGGCCGGGAAACUCCAUUAAGUCUGCAUUGAUUAAGACAUUUUGUGAGACCAUCUCCUACACACCAUUUGCAAUGUGCAGUUUUUACUUUGGAAUGAGUUUAUUAGAAUUAAAACCCUUCCAUGAAGCUGUUGCUGAGGUCAAUGCAAAAUUUUGGCCUACAUAUAAGGUUGGAGUUUCUGUGUGGCCAGCUGUAGCAGUGAUUAACUUUUGGCUCAUACCUCCAGCUAACAGAGUACCUUUUAUAAGUGUUUGUAGCCUUAUAUGGACUUGUUUUUUAGCAUAUAUGAAACAAUUGGAUAAGGCAGAUGUACCACAAAAGUUAGAACAAGUAGGAACAGUUAAAUUAUUAAGUAUUUAAAAUAUUUUCAGAAUGAUCUGCUCCUAUAGAAUUUAUCGCAACAUAGACUGGUAAUUGAAUUACUGUAAGUUUAUUAUACCUACAAUAACCCUUUGAAACAAAUCCUUAGUCAUUAGUUAAUACAUAUUGUAUUUCACAGUAUUUUUUUUAGUUAAUAAUCAACUAUUUAUUUCGGUAUUAGUUAUAUAAUGAUGUAUAUAAUACAUCAUUUUGAUGAGUCUAUUAGAGUUAUAGUGUAAAUUAUAUAGUGAUAUAUUUUUGCUGUAAGCAAGUUUUUAAAGUUAAAGUCCUGUUGUGUCACAACACUUUUUGUAAAUGAUGUGUUCUGCAAGAAUAUUUCAGGUAUUUUUUAAACCUUGGGUUACAUUAUUGUAGUUUUAGUAAGGAUCCUCAAAUUUUAUUAAAAAUAUAAUAUCAUCUGGGGAUAGUGUAGCUUUCCAACAAUGAAAUAAUUUUUCAAAUCAGUUCAGCAGUUUCGGAGCCUAUUCAAUGCAAACAAAUAUUCAAAUCAUUCCUCUUAAUAUUAUUAGUUGUUGUUGAAAUUGGAAAUAGAUAUAUAGGCACGUAAUUGUGUUCCAAACAGACAUAAAUUAAAUUAACGAUAUCUGAAUCUUAAGCUGUUUAAGAAAUACUUUGGUACAUAAUUGGUGGUUAAUAAAAUAACAAAUAAAAUAUAGGAAAUAUUGUAAUUACCAAGGAAAAAUAAUUAUGAUUUAGAGUGCACAUUACAAUAGUCAUUAACUAUAAUUUUUUUAUUAAAGGGUGUCUUGUGUUCUCUGCGAAUUUUUAAUACAUGACAGUUUUGACGUGAAAUAUUGAAAUUAUAUAACAACUGCAUGUAUUAAUAAAUGUCGUGUUUACAUUUUAUUUUAAGAAUUAAUUUGGUAACAUAUAUCUACAUAUACAUAUGACACCAACAGAUAUGUUUGAAGUGUUUAAGCAAAAAGCAAUCAUAUAUACAUAUGAUAGUAAUACAUACGGUUAAUAAAGUUCCUACUGCUAAUUUAAUCUCAUUUUAUACCGAUUUUAUAAUGCAGAAGGUUUCUUAUAAAAAUGCAGUGUUGUUCAUCCAGUAAUAUUUAUAACAUAGGUAAAUAAACUUAUUACUGAUUGGGAGAAGAUGUAGCUAGAAAACUCAGAUAAUUUAUUCGUCUAGAUACAGCCUCUUGCCGCAUGGCAACAGGCCAGGUUUUAUUACUUUUGUGUGCCUGACAGCUAUGUCAUACACUCGCGUACGCAUACGUCGAUCACUUUGUUGUAGUGUACCUAUGUUUGCUGAAAAUAGAGGCUAAUCGUUCGCCGCUAUUUCUUACUCUAUUAACAAGUUCACAGCUGUCACAGUAAGUAUAUCUGGACGUAUAAAUUAUAUAAGAUACAAAAUUAUUGUCAAUGUGACUUGUGUGAAACUUGAGAGUGAGCAUGUAAUUAUUUUUUGAAUGGAUAAUCAUGUAACUGCAGUAUUAUAAAUAAACCAAGACAGUGUGAUAUAAAUUAGAUAUGUAUACUUACACAUAUUUAGGAAUUACUAGAUCUAUUUAUAUUACUAGAUUUUUAUUACUAGAAUCUUUGUUCAAAAUAGCACAAUGUUUCACGUUUGAAAUACCCCCUUAUUGUUUUAUAUUGGUCCAUUAUAAUGUCCAUAUAUAGGUAUAUAUGUAGGUACAUACCAUAGGUACCUACUUAGUAUUACUGUAAUAUGGUAUAGUUGUUGCAAAAAUGUAUGCUGUGUUAUGAAAUGCCAUAUAGUAUUACAAAGUUUGUGUUACUUGUCGAUAAGCGCACCCUAUUGUCUCGGUUAUUUUAUAUUUGAUGUGAUUAUGACGUCUUUCUUGUUGCUAUUUAACUUUCAUCGAUUGACCGCUAAACUAAAACAUCUAUCGAUAUCGGGAAUCCAUUUAUCGAUAUCGUUUAUCGAAAAGUGACGAGCGAAGCGUUCAUCACUAACCCACUCACCUACCAAUUGGUGUUACAAUUUGAUCAAGUGUAAUUCCUUAAAAAUUAAAAAAACGUACCGUUUACCAAUUAAUUACUUCAUAAAACUGUUAAUAGUCUGACAACUUCGUGCGCGACCGUCCCACGGGGUACUACAGAUGUCAGCGGGUAGCCGGUAACGGCAAUUUUACGCGUCGCCCGUCCGCGCCACCGCCUGUCACCCCAUUGGACGGUAGCGAAAGAAGUUGUCACUUGUCGGACUUUAAUACUUAAUCACAAUUUCAAGUCGCCGAGUCAUUUGGCUGACUGAUGUUUCGUUUUUGUGUUUACCUAGUACCUAAUAAUAUAUUUAUUUAUUUAUUUACAAAUACAAUAACAGAUAACAAGAUAAAACUAUCAUCUAAUAACGACUACAGCAUAUUUUAAUGAUCCUGAGAUCCAAUUAAAAUUGUUCACAUCAUUCACCAAAUUUACAUUAAAUUAUUUUACGUAAACUAGCAAGUUUUAUAAAGAGUAUUUUUAAACAAGUGUAUAUUUGUAAAGAAUAUAUCAAAAUCAACACACUUCGUUAAAUUCUCUACAAAUUCUCAUGUUAUGCGAUACAUUAUUAUUUGAGGAAUUGAUCUAAAACAAACGUUUUUAAUAUAAUUAACGUUUACACUCCGUACGAAAAUCGUAUAGAUGAAAACUGGUUUUACCAGAUAACAACCGUUCCGUUGUUCCAUUUAAUGGUUAAAAUCUGUUCUGUAUUAAGUAGAAUUUUACAAAAGUCCUACCUACCUAAAUAUGUUCCCACGUAGUAGGUACGAUAAAGUCACUUUGUACCUAUGUAAUUAGCUUAGAUAAAAUAUACACAUGUUUGUGCAAACGAGAUUGUUAUUUGUGAUAUUAUUGAAACAUUAAUAUAUCUAUUUAUUUUCA